UUUGAGUGGACGGGAAGGUGAAUGGAUGCGCGCCGGCUGAAGCAGGUAUGGUUUCGAAUGAGACGGUAGUGCGCGCCGUUUGUCUGCGCUCCGGCACCGUACGCAACCACGAAAACGCACAAAUCCGAAAGAGCUUUUGGCUGUCAUAAAAAUAGUUCAUAAAGUAAAUUCAAUUACAUUGAAAUAAUAAGCUUGGUUUUUCUGACGAUCAGUGGAAGAAAGACGUAUGAUGUUUGUCGAAAUAUAUUGAAUUUCUCUAGCUUUUUUUUUUUAGUCAAAUGCGAGUCUAAAAAAAUUGAUCUGCAAAAUAAAUAGUUUUAAUUAUAUGCUAUAUGUAUACAACUUUAUUGCUCAAUAAUAAGUGAGCUAAGUCCGCUUAUUCCGCUUAUUCCCUUUUCAACGCUCAACGACAAGCCACAAGCCAGCCAAAUGCAAUCCAAUCCAGUCGAGCCGCCAACAUGGCAGAUAGUAAGCGUACAAAGCGUUCGCAGCCGGGCUGGAAAGCCCCCGUCAACGAAGAUGGCCCUCGUUUACGCCUGUACAACAGCCUCAGCAGGGAAAAGGAGGUGUUCGUGCCACAAACAGGCAAGCGGGUGCUGUGGUACAAUUGCGGACCAACGGUCUACGACGCCUCCCACAUGGGGCACGCGCGCUCUUACAUCAGCUUCGACAUCUUGCGCCGGGUGCUGGCCGACUACUUCGGCUACGAUAUCUUCUACGUGAUGAACAUCACGGACAUCGACGACAAAAUUAUCAGGCGCGCCAGGCAGAACUACCUCCUGGAGAGCUACCGUAGCGAGAAGCGGUCAGUGGCUAGCCUGCUGAACGACGUGAAGAGUGCCGUCGAUAUUUACAGCCAGAAGGUGCAGCAUGAGGAAGACCCGGACAAAAAAGCGAUGAUGACGCGCUUACUAGAACAGUCCCAGGCGGCGAUCGCAGCCGCUGAAGAGACACCCGAAGACGGAGCUAGCUCAGAGAGUAAGCGAGACGCGCUGCUCGACGCAGCCGCCGACCCGGUCUCCGCCUGGCUCGACUCCAAGCUGGGCUCCGCGGUCUCCGACCAUUCCAUCUUCACCAAGCUGACGAGGCACUGGGAGGAAGAGUUCUACAAGGAUAUGACGGCCUUGAACGUGCUCCCACCGGACGUCGUGACGCGGGUGAGCGAGUUUGUGCCGGAGAUCGUCGACUACGUGGCCAAAAUCGUCGAGGCCGGGUUUGGCUACGAGUCCAAGGGGUCUGUGUACUUCGACACGGCCCGCUUCGAUGGCGACCCCGGCCACUUCUACGCCAAGCUUGUCCCGGAGGCCUUCGGCGACCGGAAAGCGCUCCGCGAAGGCGAAGGCGACCUCAGCGUCGCGGGCGACGACGAGAAGAGGAACGCCAACGACUUCGCCCUCUGGAAGGCCUCCAAACCGGGUGAGCCUGCUUGGGACUCCCCGUGGGGCGCCGGACGGCCCGGCUGGCACAUCGAGUGCUCCGUCAUGGCCAGCAAUCUUUUGGGUUCGUCGUUGGACAUUCACACCGGGGGCUACGACCUCAAGUUUCCGCACCACGACAACGAGAUUGCCCAGGCGGAGGCUUACUUCGGCAACGACCACUGGGUGCGCUACUUCCUGCACUCGGGGCACCUCACCAUUGCAGGCUGCAAGAUGUCCAAGUCGCUCAAGAACUUUGUGUCCAUCAGGGACGCACUGAGGAGCCACUCAGCCAGGCGGCUGCGGCUCGCCUUCUUGCUCCACUCAUGGAAGGACACGCUUGACUACAGUGAUAACACGAUGGAGUCGGCUGCCCAGUGGGAGAAGACCUUUGGCGAGUUCUUCCUCAACAUCAAGGAUGUGCUCAGGUCGGCUCCCAUGCCGGAUACCAUAGAAGCCUUCGCCAAGUGGGGCCCCGAAGAGUCUGGCCUCAAUGCCAGCUUUCAAGACGCCAGAGCAGGAGUGCAUGCAGCCCUCUGCGACAACAUUGACACAAGGAGCGCCCUCGAGAGCCUUCGGUCUGCCGUGACAGCCUGCAACGUCUACUUGAAAAGCAAGAAGGCGUCCAAAGCGAUUCCGCAUGCGGGUCUUCUCAAGAACAUGGCUCUGUACGUGACAAACAUCCUGAAGGUUUUUGGAGUGGUGGGCGAGCAAGAAGCACCGACCCUCGGGUUUGGGGGUGGCGGAAAUGCGGGAAACUCUGCGGUCAACGAGGAGAAGCUCGUGGCACCUUACCUGGAGGUGCUCGCCGAGUUCAGGGAAGGGGUGCGCCGCUUGUGCCGGGCAGCGGCGGGAGGGAAGCCGGAAUCCCGCGACCUGCUGAAUCUCUGCGAUGCCCUCAGGGACGAUGUGCUUCCAGAGCUUGGAGUCAGGCUCGAAGACCACGAGGAAGGGGCACCGGCCAUCAAAGUGGUGGGCAGGGAAGCCCUCGUUGCGGAGAGGGAGGAGAAGAGGAGGGUGGAGGAGCGGAAAAGGGAAGAGAAGGAGAGGAGGAAGAGGGAAGAGGAAGAGGCAAAGAAGGAGAGGGAGAGACAGCGGAGGAUAGACCCCAAGGAGAUGUUCCUCGGCGAAACGGACAAGUACGGCAAGUUUGACGCCGAGACAGGGCUGCCCACGCACGACCUGGAGGGAAAGGAAGUGAGCAAGGGGCUGCUGAAGAAGCUGAAGAAGUUACAGCAGGCUCAAGAAAAGAAGUACGCAGAGUACCUCAAGGAGAUUAGUAGCAAUGGUGUGCCAGAAGGUUCUGAACGCUGUGGGGAUUUUUAAUUAUUUGCAGUUGUGGUUCCUAAUUUAAUGCAGAGGAUGAUAAGAUGGGUAUGGGUUUGCAACAAUGUAACAUUGCUUAGUUGUAGUAAUUGUUUGCAAAAAGUAAAGCAGUCAUUGUUUUCUUUUACUUUCUUUUAUUGAGCCUGAGACAGGCCUAGCUAUACAGAAAAUUGUUGUUGCAUAAAUCAAAUGGAAACCUUUUUACCCAUGCAAUUUGCAAGAGACCAAGUCAGUUAAUUUUUUUUCAAUGCCAUGCAGCCACGCGACUAGAAGAAGCUCUGGGGUGGCUCCGCGAUGUUUUUGUUUGUUUGUUUGUUUUGCCAUGGUUUUCAGCAAAGCAAAUCUGAACAUAUGUGGUCAGUUAAUGUGGCAUAGUACAAUAUUAUUAACCUGAAGAAUACCAAGGUUUACUGGCAUAGCAUUUUGUUUUUAAACAAAUACUUAAUUCAGUUGGGCAUGAUAUGUGCUAACUGAAGAGUUGUGAUGUGCAAAAUAAUUUAAAUUCUGAGCAGGGUCUUUUUAUGGUUUUUCACUUUAUUUUAGUUCUAAUUAAAAAAAAAGAGUGGAUUUGAAAAAAAAAAGUUAUCUAGUACAAUGUGUUCAUUGUUGUUUGUGGUCAGUGAUUAGAUGUGCCAGCUUAAUAUAAAUGUUUCUUAGAAUUGUUUGGUUUCCUGCAGCAGCAAACCUUCUUGCUGGGGAUUGUUAAAACCUUGUUCCUGAGCCUUUCUUAAAAACAAACAAAAAAUUAUCUUGAAAUGCCCUGCUCUUUGCAUACUAUAUAUUUAUUGCUGCAAAUUUGUUUCUUCAUUUGCUUACGAAAACUUAAUAAAAUGCACAGCACUAUAGUUAAAAUGUCAGAUUUUUAACAAUUCGUUUUCUGGUAGUGUGGUUCUGCUGUUUCGUAUAUCUAAAGUCGCGCUAGCAUUCUAAAAGGCCGCUUGAUUGUUGCAAUUUCUUGCCUGUGAAUCCAAUAAAUGCACAUAAAUUCCUA